CGCCUGCGGCCCGGCUGAACGCAUCGCAGCGCAGCGGGCGCGCCAUGAAGCGCUCGUCGACGUCAGCGUCGUCGCCGGCGGCAGCGGGCGAGGUGCGCGCUGCGGCGCGGCGGCUGGCGCGCCUCGUCAGGGGCUGCGAGGCGGAGGCGGCGAGGCUGCCCGCCGGCCGGCAGCUGCUGGGGGCGACGGCAGCGGGGGCGGCACCGGGCCCUGGCCAGGGGGUGGCUGCGGUGGCGGCGGCCGCGGCCGCAUUCCUGCUGUUCGCGCUGCUGCUCUGGUUGCUGCUGCCGCACGACCACCACCCACAGGAGGAGCCCCUGCCGCAGUCAGCGCGUUACGGGUUGAUUGAGACAGCAAAACCUGAGGUGGCGUCAUGGCUGGCAGCGGAACAGAUUCUGCGAGACCCGGCGCCCGCUCAAGCAAGAAAGGUGGCCAACAUAACGCGCUGAUGGUUGCUGCCCAGCGGGCCCUGCGAGCUGCGCUGAGGACACUGUCACCAGCAGCGCAGUUGGCAGCACUGCUGCGCCCUGUCAAGGACGAAUUCUGCUCAGCGGCUGUCCACCGAGAAAUACUGGAGACCUGUAUUCGAGAGUUGCGCAUUUCCUCUCUUCCUAUUUAAUGACUGUGUGAGAACAGGACACUAGGUGUGAUGGAGACAGUGUUCCAAGUGGUCUUCGUGUGCUACUGAGAACUCUUUUAGUAGAGUCUCACUUAUUCAACAUAGUGCACUGAGUACCCUUACUACGGUACAAAAAUUUGUAAUUACGAUAUGGAGAGAGGGAUUCCUCAGGAUCUUAGGAACGUGCUAAUUAAUUCCAUUGGUCGUCAUUACACCCUUUUCGACUUGCUAUCGAGUAAUACGCAUGCUUACAUGAUGCUUGUAAUUCAUCCGAGGUAAUCAGGGGUUUGGAAACAAUUUUGACCCCUGUGGCUGACCACCGCCGUCAAGAUUCCUUUAAUUGGGCGGGAAGCAAAUUGAUACGCUAACAGAAGUAACGCCUAGAGGUCCCCUUAGAUUUUUCAGUACCAUCCAUCAGAGAAGCUGAAACAUUGGUCAAACCGUGAUGUUUAUGAAAAAUUUCAAAUAACUCGAAAAUGUACAUUGUAUCAGAGGACUAGUUUCCUGAAGAUGACCUUUCCCUACUUAGAAGCUAAUCUACUGAAACAUAUUCUAGCAUCAUUACACUUAAAUGCUGUUACACUCUAAGAUACCCCUGGACCACGUAAGGAUAAGUAGGUAGUUUACUAAUACGCGAAAUAAAUUUUGUGUUAAUAAAUGGAACAAAUACAUUUCUUAACAAGCCAA